AUGCCGAUUGGAGGUCCUCGCGGCGCCGUUGGCGGUUGCAGCACCCCCGGCAGUAGAGUGGAUCCCUGGUGGAAUCCUGGUUCCUUCUGCCCCUCGGUCUCGAGUCCAGGACCUCCAAGGAUCGACGAGGGGCCGCCACUCGACAACGACGACUUCCACUUCUGCUCCAUCCCAUCGAGCGCUAACGGCAAUGGCCACGACCGCCUAAAUUCCAUUAGCAGCCACUACCACAGCGGUAGCAGCAACAACAACAGCGGCAGUGGCAGUGGCGGCGGCACAGAAGGCGGAGGCGGUGGAGGCGGCAACAACGGCAAUAACGCCACUAGCGUCAGCACCAUCAACAAUAACAACCGAAACAGCGCAACGGCUUCGGCGGCCAGCCUCGGCUACGUCGCCUCCACGCGGUCCAAUGUCGUUACCUCCGGUGAAGCUCCCGACCCUUACGCUCUUAUAACCAGCAGCCUUCAGCAAGCGAACGCCGCUCGUAUUCAACAUCAGCAACAGCUCCCGGGGACCGACGACAGCGGCGCUCGAGUCGACUCCUCCCAGGGUCCACAGCGGCGACUGGCCCCGUUACUUUCAUCCCCCGUUGGUACGGGCCCAUCCCAAGCCGCGGCCGACUCACUCAACGGCCUCCUCUCGGGCCUCGGUGGCCGCGUGAAGCGCGAGGACGAGGCGGAGGCGCGCGGCGCCCCAACCUCCUCCACGGGCUUCGGGCCCUCCCUCCUCGGCUCCCUCCUCGCGAGUACGAGGCUCCCCGCGCGGGCCCAGGCAUACGUCGGCCGCAGGGAACCGAGCGGUCCACACGAGGGGCCCGGCGACGAGACCGAUCUCCUCCUCGGGCCGGUGAAGCUCGAGUAUCCGGGCGAGGACGGGCCCGAGUCUCGGGACGCGUACGCUCGCUCGCUCGACAUGAAAUUCGAGACGCAAAACGGGCCCCCGGCGCACUUGGGGACCGCGGGCGUCGAGGCCGCCCACAGCAGUCAGGCCGGCCCGGGCAUCGUCGUCGCGGGCUCACCCGGCGAGGUCGUCGGCGUCGAGGGUAUGCUCCUCUCGCCUUGGGCAGCCGCGGGCGCCGACUUCCUCGAGGCCCACGAUGCCAAACAAAGCGCGGCCGGUCUCGAGGACGCCUGGGACACGCUCCUUCUGGGCUCCUCCGUCGGCGUUACCGCGGCUCAGUCACUAGCCGAGCUCAAGCCACUGCCCCCAUUUACCGGCUACACCGGCCACUUGAGCAUCAACGGCAUUCCCGGGCAUCAUUAUCACACGAUCGCCUCCUCGGCUCAACGACCCUCCAUGCAGCCGAGCUCACCCUCACCCUCCUCCAACCACGAAUACUACGAGUCCUCGGUCGUUUCCUCAAGCACCCCCUGUCCCCCCGUCACUCAGAAGCAGCAGCAGCAACAACAACAACAACAACAACAACAACAACAACAUCACCAUCACCACCAUCAGCAGCAGCAGCAGCAGCAGCAGCAGCAGCAGCAACAACAGCACCAGCAGCAUCAGCACCAGCAUCAGCAUCAGCACCAUCAGCAGCAGCAACAACAACAGCAACAGCAACAGCAACAGCAACAUCAACAGCAACAGCAGCAAUUGCCACAAUCGACUCAGCAAACGGUCGAUUACAUCAACAACAUCGAGGACCUUGCCGAGAUAAUUGGCUCUGCCAUGGCCGAUACGACGGUCCCGGGUGGUGGAGCUGGCGGUGGCCCAGGUGGAGGAGCCGCCGUCGGUGGAGGCAAUGGUAGCGGUGGUACCGGAGUUAAUCCAGGCCCCGGUAGUAAUACGGCGAGCAAUGGGCCCACGUCCGAGCACGAGCCCGAGGUGUCACCGCGCGACUGGAUCGACAUCGCCGAAUGGAUCGACACCGCUUGCUCGCCCAAAGCCCAGGAGACGAACUCAUCGAGCCCGUACUCGCAGAUGUACGCAACGACGACAGCUCCCAACUCUCAGCAACAGCAACAACAACAGCAGCAACAACAGCAGCAACAACAGCAGCAGCAACACGGCUCGACUCUACAGAGUCUCUUAACUCACGGCUACUCGCCCAUGCUUCAGCAGCGAUUGCAGGCCUCCUGCGGCGAGACACCCUCGUCGACGAGCCCCUACCCUCCGGUGAGUCCGCCCGGGCGUGUCUCGACUUCCUGCAGCCCCGACCAGCAGCUGCACUCGUCGUUCGCCGCGCCCCAGCAUCCUCGUAAGCGCUCGCGACCCUCCGGUGGUGGCCACAGCCCGACGAAAAAGAGUCCCGGCUCGACGACGACCACCUCCCUACCGUAUGGGCCCGAAGCCGGCCUCAUGGCCGGGAAGGAGAAGCCCGUGCAUAGGUGCUCCAUCUGCAAUCGGGGCUUCCUCAACAAGAGCAACAUCAAGGUCCAUCUAAGGACGCACACGGGCGAGAAGCCGUUUAGGUGCGAGGUUUGCGGCAAGGCCUUCCGCCAGAAGGCCCACCUCAUCAAGCACCAGCAGAUACAUAAGAGGAUUGGCAGGGACUAGAGACCGGCGUCCUCACCGGCCCAAGGAUCUCGCCUCGCGGCCGACAUACGCGGGCCACGCCUAAAUUUUCUAGGAGACGGAACGCGCGAUUUAACGACGCGCUCCCUCUUCUCCUCGGCCACGAGCCGACCGGGAGCCUUAGCGAUAUGCCCAUGCAACAACCACUCACACAAGCGAACAAACACACACGUACACACAACAAAAUUGUCCCACAAGCUCCCGUGUCAUGGUCGGACGAUCGACGGCUCCGUGAAGUCCGAGGCGUUCGCUAGCACUAGUGUACCUUACGCUCUUACAGCUGCUACGGACUGACCUUAGUUGCGUCUUGUUUGACUAUCCCCGCCCCCUCCUCCUCCUC